GCCGCUCUCACUCUAUUACAAAAAUCUUUUAGAUCUCCAAAUCUUUCGAUCACUUCAAUAUCUCUCUUUCUCUCUAUAUCUCUCUCGAGCCUCGAUCCUCAUAUUCGAUCUCUUCACUGAAGCUUAAAAACACAAAUCGUAACCAUGAAGGAUAUCUCUAAAUCACCGGCGAGAAGAAACGACAGAUUCCACCGCUACUUGAAACCAGGAGCGCUUGCUCAGAUCCGUAACUCGAGAAUCAACGCUAGAUCUACUACUACCGCAUCUCUCGUGUCACGCUCCCUCUCGCAGCCGUUAGAUCCGAUUUCACCAUCUCACAACUCUGUUGCUGACAAAGCAGCGGCGGCGGCGGCGCGGAAUCUGACGAUAGAUCAGGUACCACAUCUUCUGAGAAAGAUCUACGGUCCUUAUAGUUAUCAGAGGAAGAAAUUAGCCGCUGCUAGAUCCGUCUCGUCGAUGAUGAUGAUGAAUAUUAAUCCUCCUAAUAUGAAUUCAGUUCUUGUUGUUGAACCCAGUAGUAGUGUGUUGAGUAGUGAUGUGAUUGCUCAUUGAUAUUUGAAACUAGUUGCUCUUCCAAAUCUGUAAUCUUAUGUUACAAUUGGGGUAUAAUGUUCAAUACUCAUAAUUAAGAUUAA